UCUCAUUACACGAUUCUUGGAUGGUUCUUUUAUCCCUUCCCUCAGUAAAUCACUGCUACGACAUAGAGAUAAUAAUUAUUCCGAGUUAGAGCGACUUCUUCAAUAACGGCUGCGGACAGCCGAUACCAUUGGAUACUUUGCGUUUUCACGUACGAGAAGCGGUACAGCGGUGAGCUGAAGGCGUCGGUGGCGCGCCUUGCGAUCGUAGCAGACCAUUCUAUCCUUAGCGUGCACAUUUCCUUAAUCUCUCAAUAACUAUAAUCUUGUGGAAAUGGCCGAAGACUUACGAGAAGGAUUGCUGCUGGGCAUGGGAAAUCCCCUGUUGGAUAUUUCAGCAUACGUAGAUCAUAACUUGUUGCAAAAAUAUAAUCUGAAGUCCAACAACGCCAUUCUCGCCGAAGAAAAGCACAAACCUUUGUAUGAGGAGCUAAUUAACUUAUAUAAUGCUGAAUUUACUGCGGGUGGAUCUGUGCAAAAUACUAUGAGAGUAGCACAAUGGUUCCUGCAAAAACCGAAAAUCGCCACAUACAUGGGCUGCGUUGGCAGAGAUAAAUAUUCCAAGAUCCUGGAAGAUAAGGCAACAGCAGAUGGCUUAAACGUUCGUUAUCAGUACACCGAUCAGGAACCAACUGGGACAUGUGCGGUGCUCAUUACGGGGAAAGAACGCUCUCUAUGCGCCAAUUUAGCAGCGGCAAAUUGCUUUUCACAGUCACACAUCGAAAAGUCAGAAAACAAACAUCUGAUAGAUAUCGCGAAAUACAUUUACAUAUCGGGAUUUUUCUUGACGGUCAGCCCCGAAUCCAUACAAACGGUAGCCAAGCACGCCUACGAAAACGAUAAAAUGUUCAUGAUGAAUCUCAGCGCGCCGUUUCUAUGCGAAUACUUCCAAAAACCGAUGCUAGCGGCGUUUCCCUACGUGGACAUCUUAUUCGGGAACGAGACGGAAGCUGACACGUUUGCAAAGAUCAACAAUCUUAACGCGACGGACAGAAGACAGAUCGCGCUGAAGAUAACGGAAAUGGAGAAGGUGAAUGAUAAGAGGAAAAGGGUCGUCGUGAUAACACAGGGUACUGAUGCGGUGCUUGUAGCCAAGGAUGGCACUGUGACGGAGUAUCCCGUGAUAAAACUGCCAGAGGAGAAAGUUAUAGAUACCAAUGCCGCCGGGGAUGCUUUUGUCGGUGGUUUUCUAGCACAACUUAUACAAGACAAAAGCAUAGACACGUGUAUAAAAUGCGGAAUUUGGGCGGCGACGCAGAUCGUGCAGAAGUCUGGAUGUACUUACGAAGGAAAGCCGAACUUCCAGUCUUGAUUGGCACCAAUGUGGUAGCAGACAUAAAUUGUGUACUUAAUAGAUACCUUAAUAAUUUUUUUUACCUUGAAUUUAUCCCUAUCUUUUGUAUGUUUUGAACUUUACAUUACGGGUGAAAUUCGAGCUGCAAAAUUAUAAAAAUAUUUGUAUUAUUAAAAUUCAGUAAACAUCUAUUUUGGUAAUCUAAAAGCCUAUUAGAUCGAUGGCAUAA